AUGUCCGACGCCGUGCCUGCCGAUAAUGGCAGCGGCGAGUCGCUCUCCACCUCACUCGCCAAACUUCGCCGGCUAACUUCCUCCGCUCAAGCUCAUCAAGCUAAACCAGCUCAACUUCUUGAAGCAAUCGAGUCGACCCUCAACAGUACUGUCCUCUCGUCAUCAUCGUCUUCUUCUUCUUUGGUCUCCUCUGGACCGUCUCCUACAGCCUACUUUGUUGCCCUGCUCCAGUGUCUCGAAAAGGCAUGUGCCGACGAAGUUCCGGCUCGUCCAGCUACGAGCAAACGAGGAGCGGACGAGGAGAUGGCAGAAAGUGAAAACAUGGGUCAAGGAGCAUUGAUACCUGCUACACUGUACCUUUUGGCGCUGGUUGUUCCCGAGGCACCCGCCAAAGUCGUAGCUUCAAAGAUUGAUCCUCUUAUGAGCCACGUCCUGGAACUAUUCGAGACGGCUAUGCCUCAUCCGCCGGCCUUGCGAUCCUUGAUUCAAAUAUCAACAUCCACUAUCCUGGCCUCAACAUCCUCACAGCUCAAUUCAUCACCUUUGUUGAAAAAGGCUUGGUCAUACAUCCUUGAAUUGAACCUUGACCCGAGGCCGAAAGUCCGUCAUCUGGCACAGGAGGGCUUGAGAAAGGUCUUGACGACGCCGAUCCCACCAAAGAUGAUUGCAGGAAACCAUCCGUACACUGGUCGGGCGCGGGACUGGAUGCUAUCAGCCCUAGAUGAGGAGAGCAGAGGCGAGGCCAAAGGCAAAAAGGCUAGAUUCGAUGGCGGCGAUGAGGGCAAGAAGGUCAUCUGGCUUGUUCAAGGUCUCAGAGGUUGGGUCUCUGUUUGGGGCGACGAGCAUCUCUCCACUUUAUGUGACCGUCUUCUGAGCCUCCCUCCACUUCCGCAUCUCACUCAACAGAUCUACGAUCUCCUCGCUCUUCUUCUUCGACCUCCACCGAACAAUCCAGCUGCACAAUCUUCCAUCUCCAGUCUGCCUACCAUCCUCGAAUCACUGCUUGCUUCUCCACCGAACGUCAAGUUGAGCUCUACCGACGUCCCAUCCUAUCUCUCAGCCAUCACCUCAGUUCUCAUCAAAUUGUCAUUCCAGGACCCUCUCUCUCUCGCAGUAUACCUCGUUCGAGCUCUCAAUCUCUUCAUGUCUAUCCUCCUCGACCCGAAAGCCUCCAAAGAGAUUACGAAAGCGGCUUCUGAAGCUAUCGGGUCCCAAGGUCUAGCCCGAUACUGCCUCACAGAUGAUGCAAUACUCGCAGCUGUCACCUAUCAUCGGCAACAUGGCGAUGGAUCGAGCGGACGGAAAAAGUCCAAGACUCCCUUCUUGGCCAAGAUGAUCGAGACCGUCGAGUCGGCUAUGACGAGCCAUCCUCUACAUCUCGGAGAUCUGUUGCCGAUCAUCACGGCGCUCGUAUCGCGUUUGAGACUACGAAUGGCAGCUGCAAGUCCAAUGGUAGAUCAAACAGGUACGGGUCGGACAGCCGCUGCUGAGCUACUCCUUCCGCUCGUGGUAACUGUCGCGGAUCUCCGGGUCAAUCCUGGUUUUGGGGACAAAGAAAAGCUGGAUGAUCUGCUAGGCAUGUGUUUCGAAGUCAUGGGUGUAGAAGAGGUUUUAGCGGUCCUACCGCUAAACAUUGAGCCAGAUGCCUCCGGUUCAGCGCCUCAGCCUGGCCGAGCUCACCUAUUGCCUCUGAUCAAAGCUAGGACCACCAACGACUCACUGGCGUACUUCACUAGCUAUUUCCGUCCGCUGUCCGAACGCUUGUUCUCACGCAAAGUCGCCGCAGAAGAUGGCGACCGCUCAGGAGAAGCGAAAAUCUGGGAGACCCUGGUAGUCCAGAUCUGGAACUGCUUCCCAGGGUUCUGCGAAACGCCUAGGGAUCUCAAGGAGGGGCUUACAACUCCUUUCCUGACUUUGCUCACCAACCUGCUCUACACGCAACCGCUUCUUUUGACCCCGCUCAUUCGAGCUCUGUCUCUCUUGAUCAGUUCCACAGAGCGACUCGCCUCGUCGGCAACUCCUGCCGAAGAGCUUCGCAAGCAAUUUGGGCUGGAUCAGGCUGGAGCUCAAGGGAACUUGAAUUAUCUCAAGUCUCUUACGAAAGACAUGGUCUCUGUCCUUUUGAACGUCUUCUCCAAACUGCCAAGAGACCAACGCGGCCCUGUUGGAGACGUCAUUGGUCUUUGGGUAGGCAUUAUGGAAGAGGCCGACUUGGUCAAUACCUUCAAAACCGUCACCUCCCACCUCUCUUCCAACCUCGACAAUUCGUUCCCUCAGAGUGAAGGCGGAUCGCCAGUCUCACAUACCAUGCUGGACCUCUUGAUCGUGUUCACGCCUUUCCUGGCUUCCGCACAGAGCUCGACAUUGUUCAACGCCAGCGCGUCGAAAGUCAUGCUCGAGCACCAAGACGCGACAGUACAGAAGAAGACUUAUCGCUUGUUGAACCGAUUGAUCGAUUCUGGCAAGGUCGGGGAAGAUCAGGAUCUGGCAAAGCUCGUAGAGGCCAUAAGAGAGACAGAGGGCAGCGUAGGACCAGGUACCCAGCGAGACCGACUGCAGCUCAUCUCCACCAUUGUUCAUCAUCUAGGUCCCUCGCAGCUCCACCUUGUUCCUGAGCUCCUGUCAGAGGCUGUUCUUGGGACCAAAGAGAUUAACGAGCGAGCUCGAGAUGCCGGAUUCGACUUGCUCGUGGUGAUGGCUCACAAGAUGAGUCUUGGAGGCACGAUCUCCCGACAAGCAGGUGUGGAUUUGGAAGCCGACGAUGAAAUGGACGUGGCUGUGGAGACUCUGGCUCACGAAACUGUCCAUGCUUCGGUUGAGGAAUUCAUUACAAUGGUCGCUGCCGGUCUGACUAGCUCGACACCGCACAUGAUCAGUGCGAGUAUCAAUGCCCUGUCUCGUUUGGUUUUUGAGUAUCAUCCUCAAGUUUCCACUACGACGCUAUCUGAACUCGUUUCCACCACGGCCGUCUUCCUGCAAUCGAAGAACCGAGAGAUUGUGAAAUCCGCCUUGGGCUUUAUCAAGCUCCUUACCAUCACUCUUCCCCCCAAUCUUAUCGUCCCGCAUCUGCCUACACUUGUACCUGCACUUCUUGGCUGGGUUCAUGAUCAUAAGAAUCACUUCAAGCAGAAGACCAUACACAUUUUCGAGCGAAUGAUACGCAAAUUUGGAUACGAUGCAGUGUACAAGUGUGCUCCAGAAGGAGGUGAGAGGAAAGUACUUGAGGGGAUCAAGAAACGGAAGGAUAAGGCGAAGCGGAAGAAGGCAAAGGGCGCCGCAGAGGAGGUAUCUCAGGCACCAAGAACGACUGCUGGAAAUGCCUUUGAAGAUGUGCUAUAUAACUCUGAUUCAGAAUCUGAAUCCGCAGCGAGCGAUGACGAUGAACCUGUUCGAAAGCCUUCCGGCAAACAACAGCUCAAGUCAGCCAUGAAGAAGAAGCCAGCUCCUGGUCAAGGCUACAUCCGCGCAGAAGGUGAUCAGCCCUUGGAUUUGUUGUCCCGGUCCAUCGCAGGAGGAGUAUCUAAAAAUAUGGCCAAAGGUCAAAAGCGACAGCCUGGUCAGGAUGCAAGCCAUUUCAAAACUGACAAAUCGGGUCGCCUCGUCAUUCAAGAUUCAGACUCAGACGGAUCAAAUGCUGGCGACGCAGAUGAGGCAGGCGCUGGAAGAGCAUUCCUCGCUGCUCAACGCGGGGUUGACGGACAGACCCGGACAGCGAGUGGAAGCAUCAAGUUUGCCCGAGGUACCAAAAGGGCGAAAGGCGAAGAUGCCAUGGAUAUGGAUGACGAGCGGCCGGCAGCGGGUGGACAAGCAGGGAGGAGAGAGCAAGUCAUGGAGAAGAGGAAGAAGAUGGCCAAGGUGAGGCUCGGUGAUGAGUUCAGGGCCAAGCGUGGCGGAGGAGACAUCAAGCGUCUUGGAGGUCCUGAUCCAUACUCUUAUGUGUCUCUAGGGCAGGCGAACGCCCGCAAGGGUGGGAAUAGGGUCAACCUCACUAAUAAGAAGAAAGGAUCUAGGCGGUAG